CGCAGUCAUCUUACCGACAUCCACCGCUGACCGGCCACUCUGGAGGACCGGGAGCAGAGAAGUCAACACAUGUACGGAGUUACCUCUGUCUCAAAACCACUGUGCGUUUAAUGCGUUGAGGAAUUAAAGCGGGAGAGGAAGAGGACGGAAGUUUUUCUGUGUGUGUGUGUUCGCGUGGAGAGCUCAGGGCGCACCGGGACUGAAUGGUUGAGCCCAGCCCUCCAGCACUGCAGCUCCUCUCCGGCGGGGAUGUCAGCAUGGCGAGCGUCGGUGUCAAAGUAGAACAGGAGGAGUCCUGCAGAGGGGGCGGAGUCAUCAGCAAUGCUGAACCUCCUAAGAGGUCUCCCUCACGUGGUUGGUCAGGAAAUCAUCCGCUGGAGGCCCGCCAGCUGACCCCACCGCUCUCCCGAUCCCCUUCGGAGGGCUCUCCAGGUAAGGAGCUGCCUCACAGACGAAGCCCCUUGGGACAGAAGGAGGCCAGAACACAUGAAAGACCAGAAGGACAAUCCCACUUCAAGGAAGUAAUGCCUACCAUUGAGAAGCUGCUGAAUGCUGACUGGAAGGAGAAACUUCUGGAUAAAAGCACAGUGGGGGCAGGACAACUGAAAGGUACCCCGGAGGCUCUGGCAGAGAAGGAGCUCCAGUUGUUGAUGAUGAUCAACCAGCUGAGCGGUCUGCGGGAGCAGCUACUAGGAGCCCACUCGGAGCAAAGGAACAUGGCCGCCCUGCUGCUGGAGAAACAGCAGCAGCAGAUGGAGCUGGCUCGACAACAGCAGGAACAGAUCGCCAAGCAGCAGCAGCAGCUGAUCCAGCAGCAGCACAAGAUCAACCUGCUUCAGCAGCAGAUCCAGGUGAACAUGCCUUACGUGAUGAUCCCGGCGUUCCACCACAACAGCCAGUCCCUCUCCGUCACCUCCGACGCCCAGAUGGCCCUGCCGCUGCAACCAAUCCCCUGCAAGCCAGGCGUGGACUAUCACAUGCAGCUGCUGCCAAACCCUCACCCCACCCCUGUCAAGAGGAGCAGCGGUUCCUUCCGACAGGAUACCAGUCAGCCCCUGAACCUGACCUCCAAGCCAAAGGGGCUGGAGCUGGGGAAAACACCAAGUCCGCAGAACCUGGAGCUGGGAUCUCUGGCGCUGCACGGGGCCUACAGGUCCAGAGAUUUCCAGAGAGAAGUUUCCCAAAGCCCGUCACGAUCGGCCCUUAGUUUCCUCGGAGACGGAGACGUGGUCACCCAGGCCAUCCACGAUGCCCAGCAGCUCCUGAGGGGCCACAGCACCGGAGAGCGAGAGAGGGACAGGGAGAAAGAGAGAGAGAGGGAGAAAGAUGGCGGGGGAAAGAUGGAGUAUAAAGAGUCCCCCCACAGCGAGAGAAUUUCCCACUGCGAGCGGGGUGAGGACCACCUCAGCAGUGACUCUGAGGGUAGGUGUCACCCGAGAAGCCUGUUUAAUAAUACUCCAUUGUGCAUUCGCUCGUUCCCUCAUCCUCCUUGUGCCGAUGUGUCUUCGUCUUCAGGCUCCAGGUGGAAGGGCAUGUCCAACCAGGAGAAGCAGCCUUACUAUGAAGAGCAAGCGAGGCUGAGCAGGCAGCAUCUGGAGCGCUACCCCGACUACAAGUACAAACCCCGGCCCAAACGGACCUGCAUCGUGGAGGGACGGAGGCUGAGGGUAGGCGAGUACAAGGCCAUGAUGAAGAACCGCCGGCAGGAGCAGAGAGCGACCUACACACAUAGUCAAACAGAGCCCCAGCAGAUCCACUACCCCCGCAGCGAAGGCCAGUACCCGGGCGCCGCCGGCUCGGUCUCGGCGGCAUCCAUGCCCUUUCACCACGCGUUGCUGGAGCACUACCUGCCGCAGGUGCCCCCCGCGCUGUGUCGAUCGGAGGGCCAGGCCACGCCCACUUCCCUGCCCAGAGAGCGAGAGAGGGAACGGGAGAGGGAACGAGAGAGGGAACUGGAGAGGGAGCGCCCUCCGUACAGCGAAGGAGAGGAAAGCGAUGGAGGAGAGAGGAGUGAAGGGGAACUGGUGCUCCUGACAGACUGAAAGGGGAGUGGGAGAUUGGGG